AUAAUAUUUAUAACAUUGUGAAAAUGGAAAUCUAGAUGAAGUCAAGAGAUCACUUACUUAAAAUAACGUAUCUGUAGAUUAUUAAGAUAGGGAUGGAAAUAAUGGUUUACAUAUUGCAUCUAUGAACGGAAGAUUAGAAAUUUUAAGAUUAUUAGUAUAAAACAGUAUAAACCUAGAAACAGUAAAUGGAGAAGGUAAAUCGCCUUUACAUUUAGCUUGCGAGAGAGGAGACAAAGAAUGCAUUUUAUAUUUAUUGUUAAGUGGAAUUAACCCAAAUAUAAAAAGUAAUAAUGGCCAAAAAGCAGGAGAUGGAUAGUUAGAAGCUAAAAAUAUUUUAAAUAAUAUAAAUUAAUAGAAAUUUUUAAUGAUGUUGAUGCCAAACCUAUUGGAUUUACUGAAGGAAACUUUAUUCCUGGGUUAAUAGAUUUAGAAAAAUCCAAAAGAUUUAAUAAAUAUAUAGAUGAUACAAUAAAUGAUAAUAUAGCAGAAAAAGAUGCAAAGGAUUUUAUUAAAUCAUGUUCUGUUUGUAAUAAAGAAGGAGUAAAUAUAGAUGAAUGGAUUUUCGCUUUUUCAAAAUUAUUUGCUGUUGACUAACCUGCUUUUGAAAAAUUCAUUGAAGAUUAUGAUUAGGCUGUUACUAAAAAAGGUAAACUUAAAAAUUAAGGUUGAAAAUAUUAUUAAUUUUUUUACUUUUUGCUUUAUAUAUAUAUAUGUUUAUUUUGUUUUACAUUUUUUAUUUAGAUAAUUUUUUAAAUAAUAUUUGCAUUUUUUUUAUUAAUUU